AUGGGAAUGUAUUGUACGAAAUGCUAAAUUAAAAAUGAAGAAGACUUAUUUUUAGGCAAUUUUAUAUAAUAAAAGAAAUCUUUGUAAUCAGAAGAGAAUUUAGAUGAAAGUCAGGAAAUCGCUUCAAGUAUAUUAGUAGAAAUAAUUCAUUAAGUCUGUCCUCCUUAAACAAAUAGUAAGAAGAGUUUAGACGAGAUGAGACAGUUAAAAUAAGUAUUUAGAAAAGAGAAAGCAAACUCAGCAGAUUUUUAUGAGACAGAAGAAUUGUAUUUUGAAGAUCAAUCAAAGUUUAUUGGUAAAAUAGAGAAGAAUUAAGCAAAUGGGGAAGGUAAAUUAUGGCUACAAAAUGGAGAUUAUUAUGAAGGAAAUUUUUGUAAUAAUUUAAUGCAUGGAAAAGGCCUUUAUAAAUAUAAUAGUGGAACUACUUAUGAAGGAGAUUUCUUAAAUAAUAAGCCUGAUGGAUUCGGAAUUGAAAUAUAAAUUAAUGGAUCAAUUUAUAAAGGAACAUUUAAGGGUGGGAAAAAGGAUGGGUUUGGAUACUUCAAAUGGUAAUAAGGUUGCUAAUAUGAAGGCGAAUGGAAACACAAUAAUAUUAAUGGAAAGGGGAAAUAUGAUUGGCCUGAUGGGAGGUCUUAUGUGGGAGAUUGGGUCGAAAAUUAAAUGCAUGGGAGAGGGAAGUAUAGUUGGAAGGAUGGGAAAUGCUACAAUGGUGAAUAUUAGUUCGAUAGAAAGUAAGGUUUUGGUAUAUUCUACUGGCCGGAUGGAAAAUAAUAUAAAGGAUACUGGAUGGAUGGAAAAUAGCAUGGAAAUGGUAUGAUGAUAUAUUUGGAUGGUAAAAAGAAAGUAGGGGAAUGGAACAAUGGUUAAUUUAUCCAUUGCAUUGAAAAUGGUGAUAUAGAUAUAAUAGCUUAGAAUUGGAUUUAAUGA